UAUAUUUCUUUGACAUUAGAUACCUGGAGUUCACCAAUACAUUUACCUUAUUUAGGUAUUACUGCUCAUUGGGAGAUUGAAUCAAAAAUAAGUACUAUAGUAACUGAUAAUAGUUCAAAUAUAAAAAAAGCAUAUAAUGAAUUAGAAAUUGGUAAAAGGAUCCCAUAUUUUGCUCAUACUCUUCAAUUGAGCAUUAAAAAAGAAUUAGAUAAAAUAGAACUAUUAGCUGAUAAGUGUAAACAUCUUAUUACUUUUUUAUCAGAUGAUAAAAAAAAGUAG